AAUUUUCCAACACGGGAAAGCAAGCGCACGCGAUCAAUAAAUAAAAGAAUAUUUUGGCGCGAAAAACACACGAAGCCAUCAAAUUGAAAGGAAAGCGAAAGUGGAGCGCGAAACAUAAAAAUUGAAAGUGAAAGCAGGGUUAAUCUAAACUUGAGGUGUGCAAGAAGUAUAAAUAAAUGGAUAUGCCACAUAUUGGUACUUAGCUAUGUGGAUACGCAAGACCUGUAUAUACUGUUUGCGGUUGAAAUAAUUUUUUACCACAAAUUUUAUCAAGUAAAAUAUUAUGUGGUCAGCCACAAAAGGGUCAGUCUGCUUCCUUAUAGCCAGGCUCUAAAUAAUAAUACGAAUCUGAUCUGAAUGUCAGCUAGCCGCUAACAGAUAUAUAUGCCAACAUUGGCAAUGUGGAGAUAAGGAAUAUAAAGUUUGUACAUCAAGUAAAAUGGUGCUUGCACAUGUUGUAUGGUUUUAAUACCCAAAAAAGUGCUUACAUUUAGUACAAAUAUUCAGGGCAAAUAACGAGAAUCAGGAGUUUAUAGUUGAAAAUCAGCGCAAUGACGUCAAAUGAUAAAUCAUUUAAAAUAUUUGCAUCACCACUGGACUCAUAUUUUGACGUUUCUGAGUUACAUAUCACACCUGAAUUACUAGAAGAUAAUUUAAAGACUUUGGCAGAAGAGAACCAAAUGAAAGCAUCAAAAGUUUUAGAAAAUGAUGGGUACUUUAAAGAGGGGAAAGCGACAGAAUUGAUAUUCAACGUAUGUAAAAGACUUUCUUUAUCGGAUGAUGUGAAAUAUGUUGCGGUAGAGUUGUUUGAUAACUUUAUGUCAAAGCAUAUCACCGAGCUGUAUGAAAUUGUGAAGAAUUCUUCAAGUAAAGAGAAACAGGUAGAUUGGAAAUCUGUUGAAGCUCGUAUCAAAGAUCAAGCUCCAUUGCGAGCUUUAAGUUGCAUACAAGUGGCAAGCAAGUUGAUAUCACAUUACAAGGCGCUGACAGCUUCAAAAGUGAAACGAUUUCUUUCCUCCUGUGGUCUUCAAUACUCCGUCACAUCUGUUGUAAAGUCGGAAAUGAGAGUACUGAGAACAAUUGACUAUAGAAUGUGCAUCACGACACCAUUGACGUAUGUGGAGAUGUUAUUGGAAGUGUUACGUAGAAACUGUCCUGGAUUAGAAGCCAGCUUGGUUCACAGUGUUACUGUUAAAGUAUUGGAUGUAGCAUAUAUGCAGAAUUUUUAUAUUUACCAACUGCUUUGCGAGUCUGCAGGUGUUGAAUUUGAUAUGAAGUUAUCUGCUGACAUGUUGCUACUUGCAACAUGUUCCAUCGUUACUGCUGCGUAUGUUAUUGACUCAGAAUCUAAUGAUAAGUUAAUUGAGCAAAUGUCUUUAAUUACUUGUAUUGAAGAAGCUGACAUCAUCAUGUUUGCUACCAUACUUGUAAAAGUAGCUCUAGACGUGUCGUAAACUUGCUUCAAUUUCGUCGUUUCAUUUUUUAAAUUGCAUCUGUGAAUGUUGCAUGCAACAUCCUAUCACCAAAAACUUUUAUUAACAUUUUAGAAGUUUGUAUUUGAAAGAUAUUUGUUUGUUUUGUUUUUAUCGCUUGAUUGUGUUGUUUCUUGUUUGUUUGUUUUUGAGAGUGAUUAGGUUUUUAAAAAAACCUAACCUGAAAAUUUUGUAAUAGCCAGUUCAGCAAAAUUAUCGGAAUGGACUAUUUGUAUUAUUCAUGUGUACAAAACACUAUUUUUUCAUCGCAUGUUUCACUAAGAUAUUUCGCAGAUAAACCACUAAACUAUGAUGACAUCUGUGAACCAGUUUAUUAUGAUGAAAUCUUUAUUAGAAUUGUUUAUAAAGUUUUCAAUUAACCCCCUGAUAAAUCAAACAGAGACUUAAAAAAGCCACAAUAUUCCCUAGUAAAUAAUAUUCAAUAAAUUGGCUAAACACCCUGACACAUAUACGUACAUUUAUGACGUGAAUAUUUUAACGAUUUUUGCAUGUUGUAAAAGAUGUUUAUUACAAUGGGACCAUAUUUAGGGAUAAACAGACCACUGUUGCUUAAGUGGAUCCACUUAACAAUUGGUUGCGUUAUUUUGUUAAAAAUGUCUUCCUCUUCUUCUUGUUUUAUAUAGAAUAGUUUAUUUUAUUUUGUUUUUCAAGAUUUAGAAAUGUUAUAGUCCCACUUAAGCAAAGUUUCAGCGAAUUGUGUUUCUCGCUUACAGCAGGAGAAUGCAGGAGAUUUUCUGAAUUUCCAGAAUUAUUUAUCAUUGUAUACGACGUAAAUCUAUUUAUUCUAAGUUUAAUAUGAUGCUGUACGCAGGAUGAUUUCAAAUUAUCCUAAACUUCUUCCUCCUGGUAAUCUCCUCCUGGUAACCGUUAUAAGCUUUAUUCAACAAUCUAAACACAUUGUCUUUCGUAUUGGUGAGAUAUUUCCAUGUACCUCGUUGUUUACCCGUGUUUUUCUGUUAAAACUUAAGUAUUAAUGAAUCGUUUUUUAAGUUAUAAUUUUAAUGUCGAGUACAAUAAUCUUAUUUUUUUAAACCUUAUUUAUUUAAUUAUGUAUUUAUGUAUUAAUUUAUUAAUUUGUGAUCUGUAUUAUAUAAAUAAAUCUAUUUAUAAAAUUUUAAAAAUGUCUCUUCUGUAUU